CAGCGACACCAAGAGUGAGACAGCAGGCUUAGUUCAGAAAUGCUAUAAACAGUCAACGGUUGCCGCCUCGUGCUUCAUCAUCCCCUGAAGGUUCAUAAACGGGGUUUACAACCGCGAGAGAGAGAGAGAGAGAGAGAGAGAGAGAGAGAGAGAGAGAGAGAGAGACAGAGACCGAGAGCAGAGACCGAGAGCAGAGAGAGUGAGACAGAGAGACACACAAAGAGAAAGAGCAGAGACACGCAGAGAAAGAGACAGAAAGAGCAGACACGCAGAGAGAGAGAGAGAGAGAGACAGAGAGAGUGAGACAGAGGAAGAGCAGAGACAUGCAGAAAGAGAGAGACAGUGACACAGAGAGAGUGAGACAGCUAAAAAGCAGAGACAUGCAGAGAGAGAGACAGUGACACACAGAGAGAGUGAGACAGGGAAACAGCAGAGACACGCAGAGAGAGAGACACACACUCAGAGAGAGACACAGAGAAAGAGCAGAGAAACACGCAGAAAGAGAGACACUGACAACAGAGUGAGACAUGCAGAGAGAGACAGACAGUGACACACAGAGAGAGUGAGACAGGGAAAAAGCAGAGACACUCAGAGAGAGUGAGACAGAGAAAGAGCAGAUGCACGCCGAGAGACAUAUUGAGAAAGGUACACAGAUAGACACAGAAAAAGACAGAAUGUAAGACAGAGAGAGAGAGAGCAGAGGCACAAAAAGAGAUACACACAUCGAUACAGAGAGAGGCACAGAGAGAGAGAGACACACACAGACAGAGAGAGAGGGAAAGAGAGAGCGAGCGAGAGAGGCGGGGAGAGAGAGGUGUAGUUAGAGCGGGCGCGCGGAGGAUUCAGACCCAACCGUCAGUUUAACGGAGAAGGAAAGGCGAUAUGGAGGCACUGCGUUCAGAGAGGAGCUCCGUGAAAAGCUGAAAGGGGAGGAAGAAAGGAGGAACAGAAAUACGAGCUGGUCACUGGAAGUGGGAAGUUUGUCUCUGAGGUGGUCUGUUUUCUGUCAGCUCGAGAAGCUCUGGAGUACAGGCGUCUCGUUUCUUGCUCCUAUCGCCGAGCCGUGGAGCCGCUAACGGCCGGUUUCUGACUGGACCCCGCUCCUCGUCGUUAGCUAGCUGGGUUAGUUAGCUACCAGAGAGCGGAGAAACGGACGUGGAGGUGCAGAACCAGCUGGAAUGUCUUGAGUCCAACCCGUGAGCUGUGUGUCGGAGAUACGGCCAGUGCUGAUGGGAGCUGCUGCUCCAUCAUGAGCUGCCAUGACGCUGGAGGGCGUCGCCGUUUUGAGGACACUGAGUUCACCCUGCACAUUUACCCAGGCACCCUGUCUGAAGGCACCAUCUACUGCCCGGUCUCGGCCCGCAAGGUCACCUCUGCUGCUGAGGUCAUCGAGCAGGUGAUUGAGCGCUUGCGGCUGGACCGCGCCCGGCUCUACGUCCUCGCGGAGGUGAAGGAGUUUGGUGGGGAGGAAUGGAUCCUGAAUCCGGGAGACUGCCCUGUGCAGCGCAUGAUGCUGUGGCCACGCAUGGCCCUGGAGAACCGCAUCAGCGGCGAGGAUUAUCGUUUCCUCUUGCGCGAGAAGAACCUGGAUGGUUCUAUCCACUAUGGCAGCCUGCAGAUGUGGCUGCGGGUGACGGAGGAGAGGAGGCGGCUUGUGGAGCGCGGCCUCCUCCCACAGCCCCCAGCUGGGCAGCUCGCGUCAGACCUCUGCGCCCUGCCGGACUUGAACGAACGAACAUUACUCGAAAACCUCCGCGGACGUUUCAGGCAAGAAAAGAUUUACACUUAUGUGGGUGGGAUUCUAAUAGUUGUCAACCCCUUCAAGUUCCUGCCAAUCUAUAACCCCAAGUAUGUUAAGAUGUAUGACAACCAUCAGCUGGGAAAGCUGGAGCCACACAUUUACGCUGUGGCAGAUGUGGCAUACCAUGCCAUGCUCCAGAGAAGGAGGAAUCAGUGUAUCGUGAUAUCCGGAGAAAGUGGGUCAGGGAAGACCCAGAGCACCAAUUUCCUGAUCCAUCACCUUACUGCACUCAGCCAGAAGGGCUUCGCCAGUGGGGUGGAGCAGAUCAUACUUGGGGCUGGACCAGUACUCGAGGCUUUUGGGAAUGCCAAAACGGCCCACAACAACAACUCUAGCCGCUUCGGCAAGUUUAUCCAAGUCAACUACCAAGAAAGUGGCACAGUAAGAGGGGCCUAUGUUGAGAAGUAUCUACUGGAGAAAUCUAGACUGGUUUACCAGGAGCACAAUGAGAGGAACUACCAUGUGUUUUAUUACCUUUUGGCUGGAGCAAGUGAGGAGGAGAGAAAAGCCUUCCACCUGCUCAGACCAGAAGAGUACCAUUACCUCAAUCAGAUGACAAAGAAAGCCCACAGACUACACUGGGAAAAUUACUGUGAGAGCGAGCUGGACUGUUUUUCUGUAGAAGGAGAAGAUCUGAAGCACGACUUUGAGAGACUUCAGCUGGCAAUGGAGAUGGUGGGCUUCCUGCCAGCCACCCGUAAACAAAUCUUGUCUCUGCUCUCUGCCAUUCUGCUUCUGGGAAAUAUACAGUACAAGAAGAAGACAUACAGGGAUGACUCCAUUGAUAUCUGUAAUCCUGAGGUGCUUCCAACCAUCUCUGAACUUCUGGAGGUGAAGGAAGAAAUGCUAUUUGAAGCCCUGACCACGCGGAAGACAGUGACAGUGGGAGAACGACUCAUAGUGCCGUACAAACUGGCUGAGGCUGGGACAGUGAGAGAUUCUAUGGCUAAAUCUCUCUAUGGUGCUCUUUUUGACUGGAUUGUGUUUCGCACUAACCACGCACUUCUCAACAACAAAGACCUGGAAGACUCUGCCAAGAUCCUGUCCAUCGGGGUGCUGGAUAUCUUUGGCUUUGAGGACUACGAAAACAACAGCUUUGAGCAGUUCUGCAUCAACUUUGCCAACGAGAGACUGCAGCACUACUUCAACCAGCACAUCUUUAAACUAGAGCAGGAAGAGUACCGUGCGGAAGGCAUCAGUUGGCACAUGAUUGACUACAUUGAUAACACAAGCUGCAUCAACCUCAUCAGCAAGAAGCCCACAGCUCUGCUCCACCUGCUGGAUGAGGAGUGCAACUUCCCACAGGCUUCUAACCAGACCUUGCUGGAUAAGUUUAAAAGGCAGCAUGAUGGGAACAGCUACAUUGAGUUUCCUGCAGUCAUGGAGCCAGCAUUCAUCAUACAUCACUACGCUGGCAAGGUCAAAUACAGCGUCAAGGACUUCAGGGAGAAGAACACAGACCACAUGCGUCCGGACAUCGUGGCUCUGCUGAAGAGCAGUAAAAGCGCCUUUAUCUGCGGCCUGAUGGGUAUCGACCCCGUGGCCACCUUCCGCUGGGCUGUGCUCAGAGCCUACUUCAGAGCAGUGGUGGCAUUUAGAGGAGCUGGCAAAUGGCACAGGGAAAAGAAGAGUGGUUCUGACUCUGCAGUGCAGUGUACAGUUAUUAAAAGUGUGGAUAGCUUUAGCUUCCUGCAUCACCCUGUGCACCAGAGAAGCCUUGAGAUCCUUCAAAGAUGCAAAGAUGACAAAUACAAUUCGUGCAUCACAAGGAGGAAUCCACGCAGCCCUCUCUCAGACUUACAGGGCACCAACACCCUCAAUGAGAAAUCAACCAGAGAUGGGUUCUCCGGUUGUAAUGGGCGUAGUUCAAGGCCUGGUCGUCUGGCCACCACUGGCUCCGCCCAUGAAGAGGACGGUAUAUUUGUCAAUGCCAUGAGCAGUAGACUGCUGGAGAGAGCGCAGGGCAUUCUGAUGAGGAACAAGAACUACAAAGCCAAGCCUUCCCUUCCGAAGCAUCUGCUCGAUGUGAAGUCCCUGAAGCACCUGAGCAGCUUGACACUUCAUGACCGCAUAACUAAAUCCCUCCUCCACCUGCACAAGAAGAAGAAGCCUCCCAGCAUCAGUGCACAGUUUCAGGCCUCUCUUAACAAGCUGAUGGAAACCCUGGGCCAGUCAGAGCCCUAUUUUGUGAAAUGCAUUCGCUCAAAUGCAGAAAAGCUUCCUCUACGCUUUAAUGAUGCACUGGUACUGAGGCAGCUGCGGUACACUGGUAUGCUGGAGACAGUGAGAAUACGACAGUCAGGAUACAGUGUGAAGUAUACCUUUCAGGACUUUGCUCAUCAUUUCCACGUGCUGCUGCCAGAUGGCACGGGUGCCAGUCAGGCUGGCAUUCGGGAGUUCCUGAAGAGAGCUGACCUUGACCCAGAUGGAUAUCAAGUGGGCAAAACCAUGGUAUUUCUGCGGGAGGUGCAGAGGCAGAGGUUGCAAGACCUACUCCAUCAAGAAGUCCUAAGGAGGAUUGUGAUGCUACAGAGAAAAUUCAGAGCCCUGCUGGAGAGGAAGCUCUUCAUUAACCAGAGACAAGCUGCACUCGUCAUCCAGCACUGGUGGCGUAAGUGUAUGCUGUGCCACAGCAGAGAUAGAGCUGAUGCCUCUGAGCUCCGGCACGGUGCAGCUGUGUGCCUGCAGGCAGCUUGGCGAGGCUACAAGGAGAGAAAACUGUAUCUCCUACAGAGGGAUGCAGUCCUGCUGCUCCAGAGAGGCUGGAGGCGGUGUAUGCAGCGGAGAUGGAGGGCUGCAGGCCUUAUCCAGGCAACAUGGAGAGCACACAGGCAGAGGCAGAGAUAUCUGCAGCUGUGCAGAGCCAUUAUAACACUGCAGGCUGCCUGUAGAGGGCACCAGGCUCGACAGAGGUGUAGGUGCUUGAGAGAAGAACAGAAGACCCAUAGUGAGAACAAUAAGGAGCAGAGUACUACACCAGAAGAUUUACAGGACUUCCAGAAACGUACAUCUGCCCAAAUAACUGACCUACACUUAGAAGAGUUACAUCAAAGCUCAGAAACAUCUCAGGAAGAGCACAGAAUGGAGUUCAGUGAGAGUCUAUCAUCAGAACAUUGCAAAACUCUUGAUGACAGUACUCUCAAAAGCCGAGCCAAGCGCGAGAGCAGAAGAAAAAGAGAGCUGGAACAAGCUACAUUUAGUCUGGAGCUGUUAAAGGUACGGUCCAAUAAUGUCCCUCUCUCUGACCAGCCAGUGCCCUUGAAGACAGCUCCACCAUAUUCCUCUCCUCAGAGCUCAUUUGACAGCCACGGCAGCUUUGAGCUCCUUAUUGUGGACGACGCAAAGCUGGAGGAACUUGACCAUCAUCAUCCUGAUCUAGUUCCCAUAGAUCAGUCCAUUUCAGUGGAGGACAAUAAAAGAGAACACAAAACGGUGUCUGAAGUAAAAACGACUCCAGUUAAGAGGCUAGAACCAUCCAGUCCGAUUCAGCCAGCAGGUCAGAGAACCUCAAAGGCUUUGUUCUACAUAUCAGACGAGGGCAGUAGUCCUGUCAGUCCCGAGCCACAGACACCAUCUAGAUCAAAGGCUGCCCGAGACCGAAAGGAGUCAGUUGUGGUCCUUAUCAGCAUGCAGAAGGAAAGUCCUGUAGACCCAAGCAGCUUGGAAGCCCUGGAGAGGCUCGAGCAAGAGGCAGAGUGCAAGCCAAAUAUAGCCCAGCAGGAAAGCACUUGCUCAAGCAUUCGUUUUGGACAGGCUCCCUUAAAUCAGCCAACUGUCCAGCCAUCUCAGGCUCCACUGGAUCUGCGACUCAAUCUUGAGCUCUCAUCUGGUGCAGCCACCCUACCGUCAGGAAGUGCAACACGGGAGGCCAGCUCAGAGGCCAGAAAGGAGGAGGGCAUGGGCUUAAUGCAAGCUCAGAAGAAGGCAGUCAUGCACAGUAUCAGUAUCAGCAUGAAGGAGAAAGCCACUAACCUGGCCUUCUCUCCCAAACGCAGCAGGCUGACCUUCUCCAAGUCAGAUAAGGACUUGGCCAAUCAGGAGCGCUCCCUGGCCUUGCAGAGAGAGAGAACAUCAGGUUUCAGAUCACUGAAGAGCAGAGAGGUGGCCAGAGGUGGCCGCCCAAAGAAAGCCCGCAUGGCUCGGACUCGGUCUGACUUCCUGACCCGCGCCUGUAGCACAGAGGCAGAUUCUGAUGACGAGGAUGAUGAUGAUUACGAGUACAGGCGUGUGCUCUCACACACACUACCCCUCCCAGAGCCCCCAGGCUCUCCCACCACAGACCAGGCCUUCCACAGCGACUCUGAGAUGCCCUCUCAAAAGGAACAAAAGCGUCUUCAGAAGACCAUGUCCUCUGGAGAUCUGGGCAAGGUGGACUCACUGAGGAAAUCUUCCUCACACACAGACAGCAGCAGGGUCAGGGGUAAGAUGCGUUUCUGGGGAAAGGGCAAGCACAGUGAAAAGAAGAUGUCCACCAGGGGACGCUCUGCAGAAGGCAAUCUGACAAAGGCAGGCAAUGACUCACCUCCCAGAAGUCCCGAACGGAGCGGAGGACGGGACCAUGGCCGGGACAGUAAGGAGAACCGAGAGCCAGAAGUAAAGAUGAUGAUGAUGACAAUGAGGAGGAGGCGCAGUCUGAAGAUCAGCAGCAUUACCCAAGAACCUACACCGUGGCAGAGCGAUUCUCUCGUCAUUCUCACUUGCACAGCGGACUACCGCAGCAUGAAUGACUUCCUCAUGAAGAAGAUAAAUGAUCUCGAGACAGAGGACAGUAAGAAGGACAGUCCUGUGGAUGUGGUCUUCAAGAAGGCCCUAAAAGAGUUCCGCCUCAAUAUCUUCAACUCUUACUCUACUGCUCUAGCGAUGGAUGAUGGUAGAAGUAUCAGGUAUAAGGACCUGUAUGCACUUUUUGAGCACAUUCUGGAGAAAAGCAUGCGUCUGGAGCAGAGGGACUGGUCUGAGUCGCCUGUUAAAGUCUGGGUCAACACCUUCAAAGUCUUCCUAGAUGAAUUUAUGACUGAGUACAAACCCAUGGAUAACACCAUCGGCAGGGCUCCUAAACCAGAACGAAAAAAGAGAAGGAAAAAGGAAACAGACAUUGUGGAGGAACACAUGGGCCAUAUUUUUAAGUCCACUCAAUACAGCAUCCCCACAUACUGCGAGUACUGCUCUUCCCUCAUUUGGAUGAUGGACAGGGCAUGUGUCUGCAAACUGUGUCGCUAUGCAUGUCACAGGAAGUGCUGUUUGAGGAUGACCACUAAAUGUAGCAAAAAGUUUGACCCAGAACAGUCUUCAAGGCAGUUUGGUGUGGAGUUGUCUCGGUUAACCAGUGAUGAGAGAGCUGUACCUCUGGUGGUGGAGAAACUGAUCAACUACAUAGAGAUGCAUGGCCUAUACACAGAGGGAAUCUACAGGAAAUCUGGAUCCACCAAUAAAAUUAAAGAGCUGAAAUUGGGGCUAGACACAGAUGCGAACACAGUGAAUCUGGAUGACUAUAACAUUCAUGUCAUUGCCAGUGUGUUGAAGCAGUGGCUACGGGACCUUCCCAACCCCCUCAUGACUUUUGAACUGUAUGAUGAGUUUCUCAGGGCAACAGGUUUGCAGGACAAGAGAGAAGUGGUGAAGGGUGUGUACACAGUAAUCGAUCAGCUCAGCAGGACUCACCUUGGCACCCUUGAGAGACUCAUAUUCCACCUGGUCAGGAUAUCACUGCAGGAGGAGACAAACCGCAUGUCUGCUAAUGCAUUGGCCAUUGUGUUUGCACCCUGUAUCCUGCGAUGUCCUGACAGUACUGACCCUCUGCAAAGUGUACAGGACAUUGGCAAGACCACAGCCUGUGUGGAGAUGAUCAUCUGUCAGCAGAUGAAUAAGUACAAAGCCAGACUGAAGGACAUCAACACUUUGGAGUUUGCGGAGAGCAAAGCCAAGAACCGCCUCACACACAUCAGAAGGUCUAUGAAACCAGUACUAAUUGCAGUUAGGUUUAUGAGCAUGACCCGAACUGCCACCCCGCCAAGCACAGUUAAAAAGGGUAAAGCACGGAUUCGUAGAAGCAGUCACCACACCCCCUCUCCACCCAUGAGCCCACGGUCACCUGUGGUCGCUGAGCCUGAGGUUCCAGAAGAUGAGGGGGUGGAGUCCAGCUUAAGUGACCAGCAGCAGGCAGCAAUGCAGCAAGAGGAGACAGUGCUGACUCAGCAAAUAGAAAGCCUACAAAAAGAAAAGGAGGAGCUGACGUACGAGAUGUUGGCACUAGAGCCACGUGCAUCUGAUGAUGAGAUGCUGGAGUCUGAAGCUUCCAUAGGAACAGCAGACAGCUCAGAGAAUUUAAUGGCGGAGCAGGAAGGAGCAACGUCAGAGACCUGGGAGAAAAACUGUUCCACCCUACGCUCUAGGAAGACAGAUUCCAAAAGCAGGCGUGCUUUACGGCGCCAACCUGAGUCUCUGGACUCGGUCGACUCUGCUGUGGCCUCUCUCUCCUCCACCUCAUCCACUCCUCACUACCGCUUUCGCUCUUCUUCCUCUGGUCCUCUCUUCUCCUCGGCCUCGGGAUUGGACCACCCCCACCUCGCUGAGCAGGAGGCAUCUGAGCAGCCUGUGCUGAACACUCGAUGCGCUUCCAGCUCAGAGAAGACGCGGCCGAGAACCAGGGGGAACCGGAGCUGCCCGCCCAAGCCCCGCGAGUCCGGGGAGGGAGGAGGCCGGCGCAGAGACACUGAGUUUGGGUCAGUGCAGCCUCUGGUGCUGUAUGGUAGUAAUGAGUUCAUGGUGUGAAGAAGAGAAGGCACAAUCUAACGGCUGAAGCUGGUAUUCUGAGCCUUGUUGGGGUGAACAUCUCUCUUCAGUCAAAUCAGUCUCAUCAGAGCAGAGAAGAACGAGAGAGAGUCACAUGUGGAGGAAGAAUUCUGGAUGAAGAGAAUAACAUUGAAAGAGAGGCUGGGGAGGCCUGAGGCCUUGAGAGAGAGCAGAUGCAUGCUAGAUAGGAGAGGUGGAUCCUGACCUGUCUCUGGUCUGACUCCCAGCAAAACAGGAAAAAGAGCAGAACAGAGUGAUCAGAAAGAGCAUGAGACAUGCUGGAGGUAAGCCUGCCAAAGCAACCGUCCCCCCACAAAAUGAUCUACGAGAUCCACCCUGCUGUAGAGAGGACCUGCUGGAUUGGUCCUCUUCUCACUGCUUAACUUUUAGCUGUCCAUACUCAUGUUUACAAACCUGAGCCAAUUAGAAGUCACCCGACUUCAACAGACUGCACAGCGCUUUGCUACCACUUUUUUUUCACAGUACUGAGAUGUCAGUGUUUCAGGCAUCGUGAUGUGCUAAUUAUGUAAGAUAAUAUUAUUGUAUUAUGAGGGGAAAAGAUACAUUGUACAUAAAAAAAUGCAGUGCUGCUGGAUGGUUCAUGUGAAAGCGUUUAUUUGUCUGGAAUUUUUUGCUAAUUACAAUGGUAUGUAUGUUUUUUUAUGUGUCUCUGCGUCAGUAUUGUGUCUUGUGAGUGUGUUUGCUACGUUUUGUUUUUCAGUUUGGGACAAUUUUAGAAAAAAAUAAUGUAGAGGACAAAAGGGACAGAUGGCAGAGAGGUAUGACCCACAUGCAGAACAGCCAUGAUGUAGCUACUUCCAUUCAUAGCCAUAUUCAUGUCUGUUUGACACCAUGCCUUCUUCAUUUGGUUCUACUAUUUCCAUUGUAGUGUUUGUGUGUUCAAAUCAGAACUUGAAAUAUUUGUUCCAUCUUAAAUCGACUAUUUUUAAUGUUUUUUUUUAAUACUGUUCCUAAUAUAUUGUUUUAGUGUACUAUGCUUUUAAAAAAAUAAAUAUACAAAUAUAUAUAUUCCUUUUUGUUAUGAGCCAUUUUCAUUCAGGCCAUCCGCAAUCAUUGCUUGUCUCUGUACUGCAGACUUCUACUCAAGGUCCUCUUGAAAAAAAAAAUACAGCAGUUAUUUCCCAGUAAUUUAACACACAUUCAGUGGAAGUAUAUACCACAACCUCAGUUAUCCAGAGUAACCAAGUAUUUAUAUAUAACACACUUUAUGGCAGUCAGUUCAGCAUAUAUGUAUACUGUAGUGCAAUUAAUAAAACGUGUUGCCAUCAUCAUCUCCCCAGAUAAGAGUGCACAUGGAGUUGUUCACUCCGUAUUCCUUACUGUUAAACAAUUAACUCACAUAAUCUGACAGUCAGUAUGUCGUAUAAACGUCCAUUAUUGUGUAAUAUGUCAAACUACAUGCAGCUACAUUCUUCUGUGUCUCCAGUAUGGUAUGCUAACCUGUAAACCUGCAACUUUCGCUUCCUUUUCAAGCAGCUUUUUAAUGGGUAGACAGGUCUGAGCAUUUCCCUUCACCAGAAGGCAGUUACUCAGCUAUUCAGUUUCUGUGGUUCUUCAAUCUUAAAGGUAGGGCUCUCUUUAAAUGACUCCACCUGUUCUAACUGUACACAUCCAAAAACAUUACAGACAUCUCGACACAAAAUCAUGAAUGAAAAGAUAACGGCAUCCAUGUGAUUCACAUGUUUUUAUUCCUCAUAAUUGAAUGUACUGAUCACUGGAAGGCAUGCUUCACUCUAUUCUUCACUUCUUUCUUUGACAUCUGUAGAAUUAAAAACCGUAUGUAGGCAGAGUGUAGGUCAAAAAACACUGUUUUAAAGGAUAUAUUAUCCUGUUUGUGAUGCUAAAUGUUGAAUGAUUCAUUUUGUGUUUUGACAGAUUAGAUACAGUCUGAAGGAACCAGCUUGUGCAUUGUUUGUUUUCUGAACUGUUAAUAUUAUUAUUGAUGUUCUUCCUCUUAUUAUUAUUAAUAUUAUUUGGUGCUCGUUUGAGCACAGAUGCCUGUGGUGCAAAUGUGUAAUAUUUCUUUAAUUACAGAUCUGUUUAUGGAUGUAAAAAGAAUAUAAUGUACAUCCUCUUAUUAAAAAAUUAACAUGAA